UUUCCCUCAGCAAUUAUCAAUGAUGUUCUACAUCACAUAUCUGGUCUUAACAUGUGUGUUUGUGUAAUCAUGCUUGUGUUUGUAGGCCUAUAUGAUGUAGCCUAAUUGUUUAUGAAUGUAUGUUAUCCAUUCAUGCUUUUGUAUAUGUACUAUUGAUAUUUGUAAAUCAAACAAUGAAAUCAAACCACAGCCGGCCAUGAUUACAGACAUCUCUGUGUCCUUUGACACUAUAUAAACUAGUGACCCGCAGUGUUUGUCAUUAUAACCUGAUGAAGACAGCGUGGCUGUUGAAAUCUUGGUAUUAAAUUAUUGUGCCUUUUCUUUGUAAUGUGUUAUGUUAACAGUUGAUCUACCUUGUCAACUCUCCAUAACUGUUAAGUGAAUCAAUGGUGAUUUGCUUUCUUUUUUUAUAGGCACAUGUAUUCUUUGUUGAUUAGAUAAGAAGUAUUUUAUGGCAUUACAUGGAGGGAGUUGUAACGUCUUUAGAGGGCAUAGUUACUGAAUCAAUGUAUAUGACAAAGGGACAUAACCAGGCUGGUUGUCGACAGGUAGCAAUGAAGCUCAACGUCCUGCGAGGAGUGGGAAUCACGUUUGGAGCCAUUAUUCCACUCAUGUAUAUUGUCUAUAUGAAACAGGCAGUGAGUUCCACUUCCAAUACAAAAAGGCUUCACGAAAAAGAGACUGCCAAGACUGUGCUGAUGACGAGACUGGAGAGAAUUGAAAAGAACCUCAACAAACUAUCCGAAUUAAUAGAAUCUAAAUAUCAGAAAGACCCCCCAACAAGGGAAGAAGUUGUGGUAACAGAGGCAAAGAAGAUGGUGGUGCCCAUGUUGUAUCCCAACUCCUACCUGUUUACAAAGUGGGGUGAUGACCUCUCAGAGGAGGAGCAGAGAGAGGCCGAGGCCCUGUUCCAGAGAUAUGGAUACAACGUCUUCUUGAGUGACCAACUGCCACUCAACAGAGAGCUGCCAGAUACACGAGACAACAGAUGCUUGCAGAAGAAAUACCCCAAGGACCUUCCUAGUAUUGCUGUGGUAUUGAUCUACCUGGACGAGGCCCUGUCUAUCAUUAAACGGGCCAUCCGCAGCAUCAUCGACCGAACCCCUGAACACCUGCUGAGAGAAAUCAUUCUGGUGGAUGACCACAGCUCCAAUGAAGACCUGGGAGAAAAGCUAGCUGCCUACAUAGAGCUCAUCCACAAGGAAAGGCCGGGCCUUAUAAAAAGGGUGAGACACAAGCAGCAGAUGGGACUGACUCAAGCCCGCAUCUCAGGGUGGGAGCACGCCACCGCUGAUACAGUGGCCAUUCUGGAUGCCCACAUUGAAGUCAACGUGGGGUGGGCAGAGCCACUGCUGGCCAGGAUCAAAGCAGACAGGACCACUGUGGUGACUCCGGUGUUUGACAAGGUUGGUUUUGAUGACCUGCAGGUGGAGCAUUACUGGGCCAAUGCACACGGUUUUGACUGGCCCCUGUGGUGCAUGUACGAGUCCUUCAAACCAGAGUGGAACGAGCUCCAUGAUGAAUCACAACCAGGGAAGAGUCCUUCUGUCAUGGGUAUUUUUGUGGCACAUCGACUUUUCCUUGGAGAGAUUGGGGUACUUGAUGGUGGAAUGAAAAUCUAUGGAGGAGAGAAUGUUGAGCUGGGGAUCAGGGUGUGGCUGUGUGGAGGAAGCAUAGAGGUAGUGCCUUGUUCUAAGAUCGCACACAUUGAGAGGGCACACAAACCGUACGCACCUGACCUGAGUUACAUCAUGAGAAGGAAUGCACUGAGGGUAGCUGCGAUCUGGAUGGAUGACUACAAAAGUAAUGUGAACAUUGCUUGGAAUCUUCCGUUGAAGGAUCAUGGGAUUGAUAUCGGCGAUGUGUCAGAGAGGAAGAAGCUCAGAGAAAAGCUUGAAUGUAAGCCCUUCAAGUGGUACCUGGAUAACGUGUAUCCUACACUGGCCACCUGGGAGGAGCUAGUGGCCUAUGGAGGACUGCAGAAUGACCUCCUGCAGAGCCAUUGUAUUGAUGAGGGGACUGUCCCUGGGAAUAUACCCCUUCUUUAUGGAUGUCAUUUCUAUCAACCACAGCAAUGUUAUUACAACACUGAUGGGGAGAUCUACGUGGGUGGGAUUAAGUCUCACAAGUACAACAACAACCGGUGUCUAGUGGAUCCUGGCACUGGAAAUAUACCAACGCUGCAUGAUUGUAAACUGGCAGCGGAGAGAGGACUACACAAGCACUGGGACUUCCAACAGGGUCAAGCCAUCAGGAACACACACACAAAUAGAUGUCUUGAGAUUGCCCAGGGACAAAAUUCAUACUAUAUGCUGGUCAUCCAACAAUGCACUGGGCAAAACUGGAGAAUUCAACAUGUCAUAAGAGAGUUCUAAAACACCCCCAUGAACAAGUUGUUGGGGUCACAUUCCUGAAAUUCUAGAUUUGACAUUUGUGUUAUCUAUCAUAACUGUUUCAAACAAUAUCUUGCCAAAAGAAAAUACAAAAUUGAUUUUAUGCAGGGUAUUGACAACAAACAUCCAAUGUAGACAAUUGCUUUAUUCUCUUUCUCUGAAAAACAUGACACAAACAGACAGAAUAAAAGAUUGCAUUGUAAAAUAAUCUUGUUGAUGGUGGUUCUGAUUAUAAACUUUUAGCUACCAAUGUGUACAUAAUAAACUAACAUGUACCAUGCACUGUAUAUUGAAUGCAUACACACAAAAAUAUUUUUUG